AAUUAUUAGAGGAAGUAGGUGGGGUUUGGGGGUUUCCGUGUUGUAGCAAGAAGUGUCAACACAAGAGAGCACUAAAGAGUUAUUAGUCCGACAGGACGGGAACAUCUCAGUCUAGUCAAACUUCACACACCGGUAUCGUCAAGACUAGCGUAUCAUGUCAAAUAAAAUAGACACGUCGACGUUCCUCUUCGACGUCCCGCCGGUGCUGAUGGGGUCUUUCUGUAGACUGAUGGACAGCGGGGUCGACGGUCUGGGGUGGAGAGCUUUAGCUACUCACAUCCUUCCCAGUCAGCUGGAAGUGAGAGGCAUUGAAAUGUAUGUGGCUGCUGGGAAAAGUCCAAGCCAAGAGCUCAUGUGGUUGUGGGCCCAGCAGAAUAAAACUGUAGGGGAUCUGCUGAAGGUUCUGGAUGAGAUGGGGCACGCUCGAGCCAGGAGUCUUUUCCAAUCACAAGACUCCUACAUGCUGAAGUCAUCCUCGCCCAAUCUCUUCUCCACGCCUAUGCCAAACACUGAGGGUUCCUGUCAAAUCUCACCUCUUAACCCAGAGUCUGUGUCUGUAAAAGGUGAAAACCCGAAGUAUUUUAUCACAUAUUCUGACGUCUUAGCGGGAACGAGACAUUUUCACCAGGACUUAAAAAUCAGAGCAAGUGCAUUCGCUGAGGUCUACUGCGGAAAAUGGGGAAACAGGUCUUUUGCUGCGAAAGUUUUUAAACAGGGGAACAAAGCUGAUUGGAAGGCAUUGUGGGAAAAAUUCACCAAAGAAAUUGAAGUUCUACAACUCUACCAGCAUCCUAAUAUCUUGGAGUUAUGGGGCAGCUUUUCAGAAGCAGAUCGCUUCUGUUUAGUGUAUCCGUACCUUCAUAACGGAUCGCUGUUCCAUAGGCUUCAUGAGGAAGUUCAGAGGCCUCUAUCAUGGCAGGAAAGGCUGAACAUCAUCAAAGGCACCGCAAAGGCAGUCAACCAUCUACACACAGCACAACCUUGCAUGGUUAUUUGUGGAAACAUCACGAGUUCAAACAUACUCUUGGAUGAGCACCUGCAGCCCAAAUUAUCAGAUUUCGGGUUAGCUCGUCUCAGACCCCACUCUGUCAACCAGAGCUGCACUAUUGUCAUGGAUACAGCUUCUCAUAGCAACCUUGGCUAUCUCCCAGAGGAGUACAUCCGUGAUGGCAAGCUGUCAGUCAAACUUGACGUGUACAGCAUUGGCAUGGUUAUAUUAGAGACAUGUACUGGACAAAAGGUGAAACAAGAGUCAGGAAAAAGCCUGUUUUUGAGAGAUGUACUGCAUUCAGAGUUUGAGGAAAAAGGCUCUGUGGAUGCCUGUCUGCGGUUCUUAGAUCCCAAAGUUGACUACUGGCCUGCUGCUGUGGGACUCUGUCUGCUCCGAAUCGGAUUAGAGUGCACCGGCAGCAAAAUGCGAGUCAGGCCGAGCAUGGAAACGGUGCUUCAGAGACUAAGCCAACUUCUUCCCAUGCCUGCACUGCCUGAGGACCAGCCGCACACUCUAGAUGAUACAAUCCCUCUUCAACAGCCAUACAAUGGUCGCAGUCCACAUCUAAACUUCCCCAUUGAAGCAGAUAAAAUGUACAGCCCACCGGAGAAACCGCAACCUCACAGAGUUCCCAAUCUCGCAGAGCCCUGCGAGUGCAGCCAGUCGGAGGUCACCUUCUUGAGUGUUGGAGGUCACGACUUGUCGCAUUCCCUCAGGGAAUGUCUUCAGGAAAAUGACAGAGUGGUGUCAGCAUCACAAAGUCUGCAGUCAGACUCUGCAGCUCGCCUGGACUUAUACGGGAGUUGGCCUGUGGAGUGCAGCUGUAGCACUGGAACCGAAGCGCAGGGGUGUGAGGACUGCUGUGCCAAUGGCUUCAGUCAGUCUAUUUUAUACGUAACUUUAGAUGAUGAUGCCCAGCCCUCGCAGAAUGUCAUCACAAAUCCAGCAAAAGAGAAAAUAAGGAAUAAAAUACAUCUGUACAACCAGGGGUUAAUAAAAACCGAAGAGCUUCUUUCGCUAAAAUCAGAGUGAUUCAGCAAUAGGUUGGAUAUCUUCACAAAAAAACGAACUCUGGGAUUUUUAUCAGCAGUGGGGAGUGUUGGAGCUCAUUUUAUUUGAAUGGUUUUGUUUUUGUUUUGUUUUUGCUUCUUUAAAAAAUAUGUAAAGAUAUUUUAAUAGUAUUUUUAUAUUUAUCUGCUUAUAUACAUACAUGGUUUAUUUACAAACUGAGUUUUUAACAUUAACAAGGAGAUAAAAUGUGGAUGUGUGGAUGCUGCAAAAAUUAUUGCAAAUAUUAACCAUAAUAUAUCUUACGCAGACCUGCAACAACUGUCACUCUGAAGGGUGUAGAUAAUAUUUUAGCCUGUUCCUUCUUUAUAAUUCGUUAAAGCAAUUAUUUAUUAUUUUUCUCACAUCACGUCAGAAACACUUCCCCUUGUUUCCACUUCCUCAUAAAGCCUACAAAUCUCCAUGCUUCAGCGAAGCUCUCUGUAAAUUUGUUUUUGACGACUGGAUUAAUUGAGAGAGACAAUGGGCUUCUAAUUUGAUCUAAUCUAUCUACGUACAAGUUAUAAAAAAUAAUGUAAAAUGUUCUUUCCAUAAUUAAAGAAACAAGUGAAACUUUA